AAUUAAAACCAAAAUCAAAAUCCAUAAGUUUGUUCAUAAUAAUAAUAAAAUUUAAGAAUGGUAGUGAAAGUGUACGGUCCAAUCAAGGCAGCUUGCCCUCAAAGGGUAUUGGCAUGCCUUCUUGAGAAAGAGGUUGAAUUUCAGAUCGUCGAUGUCGAUCUCGAAGCCGGCGAUCAUAAAAAACCCGAUUUCCUCCUUCGUCAACCGUUUGGACAAGUCCCAGCUAUAGAGGAUGGCGACUUCAAACUUUUUGAGUCUAGGGCAAUCAUAAGGUACUAUGCAGCCAAAUAUGAAAAGCAAGGUACAAACCUACUUGGAAACUCAUUGGAAGAACGAGCAAUGGUGGAUCAAUGGCUAGAAGUAGAAGCCCACAACUUCAACGAUUUGGUCUACACUUUGGUGUUUCAACUGUUGAUCCUCCCACGAAUGGGCAAGCAGGGUGAUACGGCCUUAGUGCUCAGCUGCCAACAAAAGCUGGAAAAAGUGUUGGACAUCUACGAGCAACGCUUGUCCACCACCGCCUAUCUUGCCGGAGAUUCAUUCACCUUGGCCGACCUUAGCCAUCUACCCGCUCUUCGAUACUUGGUCGACGAUGUUGGGAUGUGGCACAUGGUGUCUCAACGGAAGCAUGUGAAUGCAUGGUGGGAGACCAUUUCUAACCGAGCUGCUUGGAAGAAACUCAUGAACCUCGCUAAUUAUUGAUCACCUUAUAUUACUAUUUUCAUUUAUCAAAGAAUAAAAUUUUAAUGUCUUUUGAUUAAACUAAUCUAGCUUAAAUAUAGUACUUUUAGUUUAACUUCGAAUUAAAAGUUACCAUGUAGCUUUAUAUUAUGGUGAGAAAAUAAAAUAAAUAAAAAUAUGGAUAAACUACAUUAGUAGUCAUCCAAUUAUUAGUA